AAAGCCACAUGGAAAGCACCUGGCAGUCGCUGCUGAGGGGAAAGUCCUGCACUCCUUUUGUGCACGCCCCUGCGCGGCGCCUGACUGCCGCUGGAGUCCUCUCCUCCUGGGUGGUGUGACGUCACCAAGCGGUGUGCAGCGCGCUGAGGGGAAUGUCGGGGUGGCUUGAGACUGGGAGCGAAAGCGUUCCUCCGCGUCCGCUAUCCUCGCCAUGAAUAGCUCCCAGGCCACCACUGCUUCGGCCGGGAGAUCCUCUUCCGGCAGCUCAAUGUCGUCCUCGCUCUCCCAUGGACAAGAGUCUGCUAGGAGCUCCCGGAAGAUUUCCAUCUCUUCUUCCUCGGAGAGGAACACCUGCUCUGGCUGGGGCUGGAGGAGUGCGAAGUGGCCUUUGUUGGCUCGGCUCAUUCUGUCAUGCUUCGCGGCGCACUUGCUGCGCGGAGUUGCCACUUCAUGGAUGCACACACGACCCGUCAGCAGGAUUGCAGACAUGAGCGGAGAGCUUGAGUCGUUCCCCUGCACCUGUCUUGCCUCCUCCCACCGGCCGCCCCCCGACCGUCGGAUGCUUCCACCGUGGAGGAAGCAUCGACUGCCUUCGCCUCGUCGAGAAACGUGGCUUCCCUCUGAGACACUGGCGGUCACCACACCCGUGGCCACACCCCUCCGACUUUCAGGUUGUACAGGCGAUCUACAGUAUGUCGUGUGCUACUCCAGCAUCAAUAUGCGUCCUCCUGACCGUCACCGUCAGCGUCGGGUUCAAAGCGGUAUGGCUCUAUCCCUUUUUGAGUUCUUCUGUCAUGGCGCGGAGUCGAACCCGCGUUUCCUCUGCGGCUGGAUCUGCGGACGCCUCCUCUGACAGCACGCCAAAGCGUUCCUCCAUUGACAGCAUGCUCAGACACGUCCCCACUUGUGCUGAGCGCAGCACACCCACGCAGAAACAAGCCUGCACACAAUCAGGAAUCAAAACACCUGGACUUGACGAGAGGGAGCGACAUAAAAGACCAGUGCAGCCAAGAGACCUUAGACAGAACGUAGCCAAUUCUCUGCAUUUGACAAAUCAUCACCUCCUAGGAGGUGAGAGGAGCAGUAAACAGCAGUGGUGGCCAC